UUAAAGAAUGUACCACCUUCUGGAAACUGUUGAGGACAAUGUAAGGAUGGUGAUGGUGGUGCCAGAUGUGUGGCUGCUGCCUGGCAAAAACCAAUGUUACUGGCCAAGCACACCAACUGCUGGAGAUGCAUGGGUGCGCAAUGCCAAGCAGCCAUGUGAGAGCUGGCAGAUUUUUACAUAUGAGAAAAUUCUGCACAGCAAUGUUUCCUAUGAAAAAAUAAAAUCACUCGAGAGAAAGGCUCUAGAUAAGAGUGAUGUUGAGAGCUCAGGAUCAGAGCCACAUCGGCAGUCACGGCCAACAAUUAGAUGGUAUAUAUUACAAUCUCUAAUUUAGAUCUUGA